UGUCCCCUCCUCUCCAUGGCUGCACAAUAUGUAUUCCUUUGUGUGUGGUUUGCCUUUAUCUCUAUCUCCCACCUUAUGCCUGCAGUAGAAUCCGAUCAUUACAUUGUCCACAUGGACACAUCAACCAUGCCCAAAGCCUUUUCUAGCCAACAUAAUUGGUACUUAGCCAUCCUAAAUUCUUUGUCAGCUAAUUUUCCUAGCAGUAAGACUGACUCUCUGUUUGUCUCCUCUAAGCUUAUAUAUAGUUAUACUAGUGUUAUUCAGGGCUUUAGUGCAAGUCUUUCACCAGAUGAGCUUGAGGCCUUGAAAAUCAUUCCAGGGUAUAUUUCUUCCAUUAGGGACUCACCUGUGAAGCUUGAUACCACUCAUUCAUCCCAGUUUAUUGGCUUGAAUUACAACUCCGGUGCUUGGCCGGUGUCCAACUUUGGCAAAGAUGUCAUCAUUGGGGUGGUUGAUAGCGGUAUUUGGCCAGAAAGCGAAAGCUUUAAUGAUGAUGGAAUGACUGAAAUUCCGUCCAGAUGGAAAGGGGAAUGUGAGAGUGGCACCCAAUUCAACUCCUCAUUGUGCAACAAGAAGCUAAUCGGAGCUAGGUUCUUCAACAAAGGUCUAAUUGCCAACAAUCCAAAUGUCACAAUCCAAAUGAACUCUCCACGUGACACCGAUGGACAUGGGACACAUACUUCCUCAACGGCCGCUGGAAAUUAUGUACGGAAUGCAUCAUACUUUGGCUAUGCCACUGGAACUGCCUCAGGAAUGGCUCCGAGAGCUCGGGUGGCCAUCUAUAAAGUUUUCUGGGAUGAAGGCAAUUCUGCAUCUGAUAUAAUUGCUGCAAUCGAUCAAGCAAUAAUCGACGGUGUUGACGUCCUUUCCUUGUCAUUGGGACACGACCGUGUCGAAUUGUACAAUGACCCAAUAGCAAUAGCCACAUUUGCAGCCUUGGAGAAGAACAUUUUGGUCUCUACAUCGGCCGGAAACGAAGGGCCAUUCUUUGGGAGCCUACACAACGGAAUCCCUUGGGUUUUAACUGUGGCCGCCGGUACUAUGGAUCGUGAAUUCGGCGCUGUUUUAACUCUUGGAAAUAAAGUUUCUGUCUGGGGACGGACUCUUUAUCCUGGAAAUUUAACAUCUUCGACCCAAUUUCCAAUCGUUUUCAUGGAUAAAUGUGAUGAUCGAACUGAAUGGAAUAAACUCCGAGGAAAGAUUGUCGUUUGUGAGGACAAAAAUGACUCAAUCAGUGAUCAAUACUCAAACAUCCUGAGUGCCAAUGUUAUUGGAGGGGUGUUCAUAUCCAAUAGCUCUGAUUCAGAAAAUUUCUACCUCAGCUCAUUUCCAGCCAUUUUCUUGACGCCAAAAGACGGUGAAACCGUCAAAGACUACAUUAAGAGGAAUGCCAAGCCGAGCGCAACCGUGGAAUUUCAAAAGACAGCCUUGGAGACUAAACCAGCCCCCAUUGUGGCUAGGUACAGCUCUAGAGGACCAUCCUUAGGCUGCCCAUAUGUCCUGAAACCUGACAUUAUGGCUCCUGGAACUUUUGUCCUGGCAUCCUGGCCUGAAAUUAGUCCGCUGGGGCAAUUGAAUUCGAAUGUUCUGUAUGGGAAAUUCAAUGUACUUUCUGGUACGUCCAUGGCAUGUCCACAUGCAUCCGGUGUGGCAGCACUGCUGAAGGGGGCGCACCCAGAAUGGAGUCCAGCAGCAAUCCGAUCAGCCAUGAUGACCACAUCGGAUUCAAUAGACAACACUGGUCGUUCAAUCAAAGACAUUGGUGACAAUUACCUUACUGCCUCGCCUCUAGCUAUGGGAACAGGACACAUUAAUCCAAAUAAGGCUCUAGACCCCGGUCUAAUUUAUGAUGCUACCAUUGAGGAUUAUGUCAAUCUUCUCUGCGCACUGAAUUUCACGUCCAACCAAAUCCAAACCAUCACGAAGUCAUCUUCCAACAAUUGCUCCUUACCGUCACUGGAUCUCAAUUACCCUUCCUUCAUUGCCUUGUUCAAUACCGAUGACUCAAAAUCAAAUUCAAAAAUCGUGAAGGAAUUUCAAAGAACGGUCAGCAUCACACCUGAAAAAUUGAUUUUCAAAGAGAAGAAUGAGAAGCAGAGUUACAAGGUCACUAUAGAAGCCCCAAGAAAGAUGGAAGAUUCAGUUGUUUUUGGUUAUCUCAGUUGGGUUGAAGCUGGAGGCAAACAUGUGGUCAGGAGUCCCAUUGUGGCCACGAGCAUGCAACUUGAUAAUUAGUGAUAGUAUUUUUCUAUUUGAAAAAAAAAAAAAUUAGUUUUAGUACAUUUAAAUCAUCAAUAUAUUUAGCAGAGUAGGCAAUUCAGCUUUGAUAGUUUUAGGUACUGGAUAGGGUCUUUCUGUGUGAUGUGGUUGAGAUACCGUGGCCGUUGUGGCAGAACCUCGGUUUUUUUAUAUUUUUUCAAAGGAAUUGAAAUAAUGAGGAAGUAAAAAUUAAGAUUUUUU